UGUGCGCAUGCGCAGCUCCUUGGUUAUCGGUUAAAGCCAGGAACCUGGAGCUGCUGCAGGAGUCCGUCCCUCCGGACUCCCUCGGAUCGUGGUUCCGUUCAUGCUGCAGAUGAUGGAGGACUGUCUGGGCUUCCAGGCGCAGAUCGCCUCGGUUAUCGAGCUUCUGGCCAAUUCUGCAGUGGUGGAGAUCUGCAAACUGGUGGAGGCUGGUUAUGCGUCUCUGCGCGCUCAGAUGGACGCGGAGCUCCAGAGGAGCCAGAAGGAGAGCGAAGCCCUGCGGCAGAGGCUGCGAGACACGGAGGGGAAGAUGAGGAGCUGCGAGAGGAGGCUGAGGAAGAGCCGUCAGCGAGAGGAGAUGUUGGCCGCUCAUCUGAAGCCCUCUGAAGGUACCGGCAGCCAUCGGCCUCUGGUGACAGCUGUCCCUGAAGCUCCUGAAGAUGUAAUGUUUCCUCAGGUUUUACAGCAAGAAGAAACCAAACUGCUAGUGGAGAAGCAGGAGAAAAAGGAGCCAGAGAGCUGCAGCCUGGAUGUGAAGGUGGAGGUUAACAUCACCACCGACUGUGGAGGUUUCUCCUCUGCUGAGGAUCCAGGUGAGGAAGCUCCUCCCUGUGAUCCGAUGGACACCGGUAACGGUGUCUACCUGUCCUCCUCCCGGUCCUCUCCGUCUCCGACUGAUGCUACCAUAGAUCUGACCUUCAGACCUGCAGCUAAGCGACAGUCGGUCCAUCCUCUGUGUAACAGCUUCGCUCGCAGCCCUGGGACGGUUUGCAGGGAGUUCACUGAAAUCCUCCCAGGCGGCGAUCUGAAGCCAAACAUGCAGGCAGAUGAAACCACAAACGACGACCUUCAUCCCUCCAACCUGGUGGCGGCUGUGAAGUCAGAGGAGCCCAGCUCUGACCUCAGCCUGGACCUGGACCUGGCCUGGAUGCAGGAGCGGGUCGGCCAUCUUGGGGCGGCGUAUGCGGUCGCUCAGCUGGGCUUGGGGAACACAAACUCUGGACACGCUUCCUCCUCUUUUCCAUCGCAGCGAGAAGGAGACUCCACAGAAGGCCCCCUGGCCGUCACAGGGGCCCCUCAUGAAGUGUCUGCGUUUGCCUCCUCCUUUGACAUGGCUGCUGUAGCUGCUGCUGCCGUCAUCGCCGCUCCACGUCCUCCUCCACCCGCCUCCUCUGUGAGGACACCCAGCCAGAGGCGGCCGCCCAGGAACGGAGCUGCUUUUUCCAAAGAGCUGCAGAUGUGCUCUGUUUGUCGGCUAGUCUUCCCAAACGCUGCAGCGCUGGAGCAGCAUCAGCAGGUGCACACGGGGGAGAGGCCUUACACCUGCCCCCAGUGUGGGAAAGGCUUCGCACAGCCUAACAACCUGAGAGUCCACCUGCUGGUCCACACCGGAGAGAGACGCUAUCGCUGCACUCUGUGUGGGAAGAGCUUCAUCUCUUCAAGUCACCUGAAGAGGCACCGCACCGUCCACACGCAGGAGAAGCCCUACAGCUGCUCUCGCUGCGGACAGUCCUUCAGCCAGAUGUGCAGCGUCCGCAGACACCGGCAGCAGUCUCAGUGCGGCAUGUAGACCACCUGCACUUCAAGCAGACUCUAAGGGGUUAAAGUCCUACUUGUCUUCAACUGACAGCUUUAAACUUUCCUCUGCUAGACCAUAACUUGGGUUUCAUUGUUUUUACAGGCGUUGAACAAACGGUUUGAAGGACAGUAAUUCUAGACUUUAAAGACUUUUUGUUCAUAUUUUAAAUGGACAAAGUGAAGAGAUGAUCGUCUUUUUUAUGGUAUUAAAGUAAGAUUCCUUCAUGGGUCAGAUACUCACACAAUAUAUCAAAGGCAUCAACAAUAAAAACUUGUCAGAUUCUUCAAAUGACGAAA